AUGUGGAACGAGAAGCAGGACGGCCGCGAGAUCAGGCCGACCGGUCCCUCCUGCUCUCUGUCCCUCCAGAGAGGCUCCAAUUACGGCUCCCUGCUGACCACAGAGGGCCAGUUCCAAGUGUUUGCCAAAACGGCAUAUUAUAAGGGCAACCUCGUGGCUGUGAAGCGUGUGAACCGUAAGCGCAUCGAGCUGACUCGUAAAGUGCUGUUUGAACUGAAGCAUAUGCGGGAUGUACAGAACGAACACCUGACCAGGUUUGUGGGUGCCUGCACUGACCCCCCCAACAUCUGUAUCCUCACGGAGUACUGUCCCCGUGGGAGUUUGCAGGACAUUCUGGAGAAUGAGAGCAUCACCUUGGACUGGAUGUUCCGAUACUCUCUUACCAAUGACAUCGUCAAGGGUAUGCUGUUCCUGCACAAUGGGGCCAUUUGCUCUCAUGGCAACCUCAAGUCUUCCAACUGUGUGGUGGACGGGCGCUUCGUGCUCAAGAUCACUGACUUCGGGCUGGAGAGCUUCAGGGACCCGGAACCAGAGCAAGGCCACACCCUCUAUGCCAAAAAGUUGUGGACAGCCCCUGAGCUCCUGCGAAUGGCCUCACCCCCUGCCCGGGGCUCCCAGGCAGGUGACGUGUACAGCUUUGGAAUCAUCCUUCAGGAGAUUGCCCUGAGGAGCGGCGUCUUCCAUGUGGAGGGUUUGGACCUUAGCCCCAAAGAGAUCGUGGAGCGUGUGACUCGGGGUGAGCAGCCCCCCUUCCGGCCCUCCCUGGCCCUGCAGAGUCACCUGGAGGAGCUGGGGCAGCUGAUGCAGAGGUGCUGGGCUGAGGAGCCGCAGGAACGGCCCCCCUUCCAGCAGAUUCGCCUGAUGCUGCGCAAGUUCAACAGGGAGCACAGCAGCAACAUCCUGGACAACUUGCUGUCCCGCAUGGAGCAGUAUGCCAACAACCUAGAGGAGCUGGUGGAGGACAGGACCCAGGCCUACCUGGAGGAGAAGCGCAAGGCCGAGGCCCUGCUCUACCAGAUUCUGCCCCACUCAGUGGCUGAGCAGCUCAAGCGUGGGGAGACGGUCCAGGCUGAAGCCUUCGACAGUGUGACCAUCUACUUCAGCGACAUUGUGGGCUUCACGGCCCUGUCGGCAGAGAGCACGCCUAUGCAGGUGGUGACCCUGCUCAAUGAUCUGUACACCUGCUUUGAUGCCGUCAUAGACAACUUUGAUGUGUACAAGGUGGAGACCAUUGGCGAUGCCUACAUGGUCGUGUCGGGGCUCCCCGUGCGGAAUGGGCUGCUUCACGCCCGUGAGGUGGCCCGCAUGGCCCUGGCGCUUCUGGAUGCUGUGCGCUCCUUCCGCAUCCGCCACCGGCCCCAGGAGGAGCUGCGCUUGCGAAUCGGUGUCCACACAGGACCCGUGUGCGCCGGCGUGGUAGGGCUGAAGAUGCCUCGCUACUGCCUCUUCGGAGAUCCCGUUGCUUCCACCCCCCACCCUCCCUUGUCCUUCCCAGCCCUGAAGAUCCACUUGUCUUCUGAGACCAAGGCUGUCCUGGAAGAGUUUGGUGGUUUCGAGCUGGAGCUUCGAGGGGACGUAGAAAUGAAGGGCAAAGGCAAAGUGCGGACCUACUGGCUCCUAGGGGAGCGGGGCGGUAGCACUCGAGGCUGA